ACCUGGGUCUGCGCCCCUCAGGCUGGCGGGGGCGUGGUCCCAGGAGGGUCUCUUGACUCAGCCUUGCCAAGGUCAGAGGGCACUGAGCCUUGAGGUGGGGAUGCCCCCACGGGUCCCAGUCCAGCCAGCUGCGCUGCCCCUCAGGCCUGGGCUGGCCCGUGUACUCCCCAGUCCAGCGGCCCGAGCAGCCCCCUUGGCCGGCCUCCCUCACCAUGGCCGAACACCUGGAACUGCUGGCAGAGAUGCCCAUGGUGGGCAGGAUGAGUGCUCAGGAGCGACUGAAGCAUGCCCAGAAGCGCCGCGCACAGCAGGUGAAGCUGUGGGCCCAGGCUGAGAAGGAGGCCCAGACCUGGAGGGGCCCCAGGGACAGGCCACAGCAGGAGGGGGCCAGUGGGCCACAGCGGCGUGUCCGCUUCCCACCCAACGUCACCCUGCUGGAGGCUGCUGCCCGCAAUGACCUGGAGGAAGUCCGCCAGUUCCUCAGCAGCGGGGUCAGUCCUGACCUGGCCAAUGAGGACGGCCUGACGGCGUUGCACCAGAGCUGCAUCGACGACUUCCGGGAGAUGGUGCAGCAGCUCCUGGAGGCCGGGGCCACAGUCAACGCUCAUGACAGCGAGUCCUGGACGCCCCUGCAUGCCGCAGCCACCUGCGGCCACCUGCACCUGGUGGAGCUGCUCAUUGCCCGUGGGGCCGACCUGCUGGCUGUCAACACUGAUGGGAAUAUGCCCUACGACCUGUGUGAGGAUGAGCAGACGCUGGACUGUCUGGAGACGGCUAUGGCCAACCGGGGGGUCACCCAGGACAGCAUCGAGAGUGCCCGGGCCUUGCCAGAGCUGCACAUGCUGAAUGAUAUCCGGAGCCAGCUGCAGGCAGGGGCUGAUCUGGAUGCCCCUCGGGACCACGGAGCUACUCUGCUCCACAUUGCCGCUGCCAAUGGGUUCAGUGAGGCCGCAGCCCUGUUGCUGGAACACCGAGCCAGCCUGAGCGCCAAAGACCUGGAUGGCUGGGAACCACUGCACGCUGCGGCCUACUGGGGGCAGGUGCACCUCGUAGAGCUGCUCGUGGCACACGGCGCCGACCUGAACGGGAAGACCCUGAUGGACGAGACGCCUCUGGAUGUGUGCGGUGACGAGGAGGUGCGGGCCAAGCUGCUGGAACUGAAGCACAAACACGAUGCGCUCCUGCGUGCCCAGGGCCGCCAGCGCUCUCUCCUGCGCCGCCGCACAUCGAGCGCUGGCAGCAGGGGGAAAGUGGUGAGGCGGGUGAGCCUGACCCAGCGCACCAACCUGUACCGUAAGGAGCAUGCCCAGGAGGCCAUCGUGUGGCAGCAGCCUUCGCUGCAGACCCUCAGCCCGGAGGGUUCGGAGCCUCCCGAGGACCCAGAACCCCCCGCAGCCCCGGAGCCCGAGGACGAGGACCGCCAGACUGAUGCUGAGCUCCGGCUGAGCCCGGAGGAGGACCCUGAGGCUGCCAGACCACUGAAUGGCCGAGUGGGGACCGCCCCGGGAAGGCACCUGUACUCCAAGCGCCUGGACCGCAGCGUCUCCUACCAGCUGAGCCCCCUGGAGAGCGAAGCCCCAGAUGGCCUGGUUAAGGCCAAGGCCCAUCACACACUGGCAGAGCUGAAGCGCCAGCGAGCUGCCGCCAAGCUGCAGCGGCCUCUGCCUGAGGGGCCUGGGAUCCCGGAGUCUUGCCCUGCUGAGGAUGCCCAGAGCCCCCAGCCCCAGGGAGGCACCAGGACUGGUGGAGACCCACCUUUGCUCAGGCUCACAGCCCCCUCAGAGGAAGCUCCCCUGGAGAAGAGGCCGUGCUGCCAGCUCAUGUGAGGGCCGUGCGUGCCACCUGCAAGUGGCUGCCUCAGGGCCUCUGUGAUGGAGACCCCCAUGUGUGCUGCUCCUCAGCUGUGGCCCCAGCAGCCACGGCUGGGCCUGGAAACAGAGCAUUGACAUGUGACUAUUGAUAAAGGGCUGUUCUGCCGCGUUCCUUGUUGUGUGUCUCAGUGGGGCCACCAUCCCACAGUAGGGAAUGCAUGUUGCCAGGCCUGUCCUGUGAGCACCUGUCUGGGGCCUAUAGGUGCAGCCCAGCCCAGCGUGGGAUGAGGCCCAGGGCCGGCUGGGCCAGAAGUGGGCCCCUUUGCACCCUCCUGUGUCCCUGGAGGCCCUUCUGUCACCUUCCCUGAGAGCAGGGAAUUCUGGCAGAACCUUUCCUGGACCUCUGUGCUCCAGGGUCAGCUC